UCAGUCAGUAGGAUCAGGUCAGGCAGUAGGAUCAGGUCAGUCAGUAGGAUCAGGUCAGUCAGUAGGAUCAGGUACACUGCGCAGCGGCGCGUGGGACUCCAGCGGUACUUCACCAGCAACCAACCAGCGCGAGACAGCAGUUCCAGUCCGGUCUCGAGGCAGCAACACUACGGAGCAGAGCGGCACGAGCUGAUCCUUCUCCCCCGGUCCCGACCCGGUCCUUACCGAACUGUCCAGAAACCAGAGAGAGAGAGAGAGAUGAUGAAAUCACGUGGAUUAUAUAGUCACUAACUGUCUUCUUGGACUGAUACAACAGCAGAACACGACGCGGUUGAAAAAGGAUUUAGACUUGAAGACUGAAGAGAUCGUUUCGUAGGGAUAUCUCUCUGCCCCUGUGGAAGUGUUGCUCAGGCAGGCUCUUGUUAGGAUUUGAUUUUAGAAACUGCAUAAUAUUACAACUACAACACUUGUAGACGGAUUUAUAUAUAGAGAGUGUUUUUGGAGCAGUUUUGAGGAACAGUUUUGUUUAUUUUUCUGGUGAUAAUUAACUCCUAUAAAGGAUCGCUGUCAAAACGGAAUCACAAAAAAAGGAUUACAAUCCUUGGGACAGUGAGGGGAAUAUCUGGGGUUGUUUCUAUGGUGACGGAGGCAGUGAUUCUGUUGGAUACCCAUGAUGCACCGGUAUGAUGCCUGAGUCGGAGACAGGUCUAGUAGCUCAGCACGUCACCGUGGUAACCAGAGGAAUGGUUGCUAUGUGGUGUUCUCUCUGGCUCUCCCUCCUCCUCUUCCCUCUGUUCAUCUCUACAGCCAGACUACCUACAGUCCUGCCCACAGACUCUUUGUCCAGUGAGGGUGUGUUCCUGGAGGACUAUGUGGUUUCUACUGGGGACACCCUGGAUCUGUCCUGUAACCCCGACGGCCCCACCCAACCUGUCCUCUGGUUGAAGGAUGGCAGCGGCAUGUUGACUAGCAACCGGACCCGACUGGGCCAGAGGGUUCUACGCAUCAUCAACGUGUCUUACGAGGACUCCGGCGUGUACUCCUGCCGCGUCACCCACGACAACAGACUGCUCAGCAACUACAAAGUCAGAGUAACAGAUUUCCUGUCUUCUGGAGAUGAUGAAGACUAUGAUGAAGACUUGGACGAUACAGAAGGCCCGUACUGGACCAGACCGGACCGCAUGGAGAAGAAGCUCCUUGCUAUCCCAGCAGCCAAUACCGUCAAGUUCCGCUGCGCUGCCGCCGGAAACCCCACACCCUCCAUCCAUUGGCUGAAGAAUGGGAAGGAGUUUAAGGGUGAGCAGAGGAUGGGCGGGAUCAAGCUAAGGCACCAGCAGUGGAGCCUGGUGAUGGAGAGUGCUGUCCCCUCAGACCGUGGGAACUACACCUGUGUUGUACAGAACAAGUAUGGCACCAUCACCCACAGCUACCAGCUGGAUGUGCUAGAGCGCUCCCCUCACAGGCCCAUCCUCCAGGCAGGUCUUCCAGCCAAUCAGACAGUAGUAUUGGGUAGUGAUGUGGAGUUCCAUUGUAAGGUGUACAGCGAUGCCCAGCCUCAUAUCCAGUGGCUGAAGCACAUCGAGGUGAAUGGAUCCCGGUACGGACCUGACGGAGUCCCAUACGUCAACAUACUCAAGACGGCUGGUAUAAACACUACGGAUAAGGAACUAGAGAGCCUCUUCCUUACCAAUGUGUCUUUAGAGGAUGCAGGAGAGUAUACUUGUCUGGCAGGGAACUCUAUUGGGUACGCUUACCACUCUGCUUGGCUCACCGUGCUCCCAGCGCUGCAUGAAGGUGACAAGGAGGAUGACUAUGCUGACAUCCUGAUCUACGUGACGGGCUGCGUGCUCUUCAUCCUGGCCGUCGUCAUCAUCAUCCUCUGUCGUAUGAGGAUGUCUACCCAGAAGACCCUGCCCUCCCCGCCCAUACAGAAACUCUCCAAGUUCCCCUUAAAGAGACAGCAGGUUUCCUUGGAGUCUAACUCCUCCAUGAACUCCAACACGCCAUUGGUCAGGAUUGCACGCCUGUCGUCCAGCGAUGGACCAAUGCUGUCCAACGUCUCAGAGCUGGAGCUUCCAUCAGACCCCAAAUGGGAGUUCUCUAGGACCAGACUAACGCUGGGUAAACCUCUGGGAGAAGGCUGCUUCGGUCAGGUGGUGAUGGCAGAGGCCAUCGGGAUCGACAAGGAGAAACCCAACAAACCCCUCAACGUCGCUGUGAAGAUGCUCAAAGACAACGCCACAGAUAAGGACCUGUCAGACCUGGUCUCAGAGAUGGAGAUGAUGAAGAUGAUUGGAAAACACAAAAACAUCCUCAACCUGCUGGGAGCAUGUACACAGGAAGGUCCCCUGUACGUGCUGGUGGAGUACGCGUCUAAAGGGAACCUGAGGGAGUACCUGAGAGCCCGUCGGCCCCCGGGGAUGGACUACUCCUUCGACACCUGUAAGAUCCCUGACGAGCAGCUCACCUUUAAAGACCUGGUGUCCUGUGCCUACCAGGUGGCACGAGGCAUGGAGUACCUGGCCUCACAGAAGUGUAUCCAUAGAGAUCUGGCAGCCAGGAACGUCCUGGUAACUGAGGACAACGUGAUGAAGAUCGCAGACUUCGGUCUGGCCAGAGAUGUGCACAACAUAGAUUACUACAAGAAGACUACCAACGGUCGUCUGCCCGUGAAAUGGAUGGCACCAGAGGCUCUGUUCGACCGCAUCUACACGCACCAGAGCGAUGUGUGGUCCUAUGGGGUGCUGCUCUGGGAGAUCUUCACCCUGGGGGGGUCCCCGUACCCCGGCAUCCCUGUCGAGGAGCUGUUCAAACUGCUGAAAGAGGGCCACCGCAUGGACAAGCCUGCCAACUGCACACAUGAACUGUAUAUGAUCAUGAGGGAGUGCUGGCACGCUGUUCCAUCCCAGAGGCCUACCUUCAGGCAGCUGGUGGAAGACCAUGACAGGGUUCUAUCCAUGACCUCCACGGACGAGUACCUGGACCUGUGUGUCCCGUUUGAGCAGUACUCUCCAACCUGCCAAGACUCCAGCAGCACCUGUUCCUCAGGAGACGACUCAGUGUUCUCUCACGACCCCCUCCCCACGACCCACGACAUGACCAACCCUGCCUCCCCAUGACCCCAUCCCCACGACCCCCUCGCUGACCAACCCUGCCUCCCCAAAAUGAUCCAGGGUGACAACCCCUGCCUGCCAAACCUUGUCAAACUACUGCAGACUUACAGGGCAAUCAGGACAUAGAUCUAUCUAGAAGGGGGGGUUGGAUGGGUUGGGACGACGAACCCCCCCCCCCCCAAUCGGAGGGGUGUGGGGGGUACUUUGAACCUCCUCCAGAUAUGGGAAAGAGAACAACACAUGCAAUACCUCCUCAAACUGACACAUUUUUUAAAGAAUCUUUGCAUUGAAGGUUGGAAAAUGUUUUGCUGUUCAAAAUGAAAAUGUCUAUUUUUUGUACUUGGCCAGUCUUUAGUUAUUGACAAUCCGAAGGGUCAAACCAUUCAGUGCCUACAGGAAUCCAAACUCUAAUCCACAGGACUGGAAGGAGAUGGACACUUGGAGUUGAACACCAUUGGCCACGAAAGCAGGGUAUCUAAAACGCCAUUGACCAGGGAGGCAGGGUAUCUAUAAUGCCGUUGGCCAGGGAGGAAGGUGAACGCCAUUGGCCAGGGAAACAGGGUAUUUUCCAGGCUGGGUCUCCUCACCUCUCCUCUAUGGAGCUCUGUGAACGACAGAGUAUGGAGUACACGGGAACUCAUUUUUACAAAUAUGCAGCAUACCAGCAGAGCCAGAAUCAACAAAAUGAUGUGACUAGUUCUUCCAAUAACAGUUAGUGCUUUACUCCAAGACCCCUCCCCCUCACCUCUGUUGACUCAUCUCAAACAUCAUGCAACAUACGUUUUUUUUCAAUGGGACUACAAUACAACAAUCUGAACCAGGACUGUAACCACAGAGGUCUCUGCUGUUUGAACCUCUCUGAUGGGAACCAAGCUGCCGUCAGACCCUUCACUAGGAGGGGAAUAUAGAACCAGUCUCUCUGAUGGGAACCAAGCUGCCGUCAGACCCUUCAACAGGAGGGGAAUAUAGAACCAGUCUCUCUGAUGGGAACCAAGCUGCCAUCAGACCCUUCAACAGGAGGGGAAUAUAGAACCAGUCUCUCUGAUGGGAACCAAGCUGCCGUCAGACCCUUCAACAGGAGGGGAAUAUAGAACCAGUCUCUCUGAUGGGAACCAAGCUGCCGUCAGACCCUUCAACAGGAGGGGAAUAUAGAACCAGUCUCUCUGAUGGGAACCAAGCUGCCGUCAGACCCUUCACUAGGAGGGGAAUAUAAUUGGGGGAGUUUCUAUGAAUCUUUAAAAAGUUUUCACUGUAAAUAUAUAAAUGCAAAUAUGUAUCAUAUUGCUGUCAACAGCCAUGUACUUAAAAGAAGAAAAAAUAUUGUUUUCGAAUCAAAGCAUUGCAAUCAAGAAUACACUGUCAUGAUCAUGUAAUAAUUUAAAGUGAUACAAAAGGUUUAUUUGAAUUAUUAACAUGUAUAUUUGUAAAGAUAUUUAUAGACUUAACAUGUGGUUCAUAAGUUUAAAAACACUAGUUCAGGAUUUAGUACUGUAAGCAAAGAUUUUUUUAUUUAUUUUUCUGUAACUUAUUUUACAGCAGAACAACAUUAUUUUCACAACUGGCAGAUUAUAUUUCUCUGGUUUUUGAUCCAUCUUGUUUUGUUUACAGUAUAAAAAAAUGUAUAAAAGAUUUAAAGACAUUUUAAUGAGCAGAGCAAGACAAGGAAAGUGAGUUUGAUGAAAUGUAAAUCUAGGGAGUGAAACAUUAUUGAAUGGUACCUUGGUUGCAAAGUUGACUUUGACCAAAUCAAAGCAAUGAUUAACUGUUGCUGGGCAGAAAACGAGUCCCUGCUUCACAGGACUCACCUGAGAAGGUUUCAGUAACAUUUUAGCUAAAUGUCAAAUUUACUUUACUACUAUUUUCGUUUUAAGUACUUUUUACAUUAUUACGUAUGUUUUACCAUGCUAGUUUACCGUGCUAGUUUACCAUGCUAGUUUACCAUGCUAGUUUACCAUGCUAGUUUACCAUGCUAGUUUACCGUGCUAGUUUACCGUGCUAGUUUACCGUGCUAGUUUACCAUGCUAGUUUACCGUGCUAGUUUACCGUGCUAGUUUACCGUGCUAGUUUACCAUGCUAGUUUACCGUGCUAGUUUACCGUGCUAGUUUACCGUGCUAGUUUACCAUGCUAGUUUACCAUGCUAGUUUACCGUGCUAGUUUACCAUGCUAGUUUACCGUGCUAGUUUACCAUGCUAGUUUACCGUGCUAGUUUACCAUGCUAGUUUACCAUGCUAGUUUACCGUGCUAGUUUACCAUGCUAGUUUACCAUGCUAGUUUACCGUGCUAGUUUACCGUGCUAGUUUACCAUGCUAGUUCUAUAAGUAGUACUCUUCCUCCAAGAUAUUCUUGAAGCUCUUAUACUGUUAUAAUUGUUAUAUACUGCUAUAUAUAGAGAGGCUAAUAAUAUCUUUUACUGUAAUUUUUAUUCCAAAAUACCAACAUUUAACAAACGUUGUUGUUAUCUAGUGUUACUGAAACAUUAUUUAGUGUUAGUGAAACAUUAUCUAGAAUGUUACUGAAACAUUAUCUAGUGUUACUGAAACAUUAUCUAGUGUUACUGAAACAUUAUCUAGUGUUACUGAAACAUUAUCUAGUGUUACUAAAACAUCUGAAACAUUAUCUAGUGUUAUUGAAACAUCUGAAACAUUAUCUAGUGUUAUUGAAACAUCUGAAACAUUAUCUAGUGUUACUGAAACAUCUGAAACAUUAUCUAGUGUUACUGAAACAUCUGAAACAUUGUCUAAUGUUAUUGAAACAUCUGCCCAGGUUUCCUUGAUGCUCUACAGUUUUAAUAUAGAAUAUGAGGAUAGACUAUGAAGGCCUGCUCUGUGGCGUUAGGAUCACAAGGCAGAUAGUUCUAACAUUAUAACAUUCAAUCUGAAUCAUGGAUGUUUGUAAGUCAUAGAUGUGCCAACGUAGUGGAAGAUUUUUAUUCAAUCCAAAUGUGCAACAAGAUGGUCAAGUGCAAGAUCCUAAAACUUGGUUUGUCAAGAAAGAAAGUGCCAAAUUAGGCCUAGAUUCAAUCAGAUCAAGCGUUAACUGGCGAUAGCCGACACCCACAUAGCUGAUGUUUUGGUGGUGUCAGAGGUGGAACUUCGUUGGAGCCGUCAAAUCGGUGAGCUGCUGCUCUUGUGAUCAUUGUCACGAAGCCACACCCCUCCCACUCAUGUCAGAAGUUCAGAAGGAGAAAGUGUAGCUAUAUAGAAAUAAUGACGCUCAAAUGGAAAAUCAUUCAACAAAAUAAAGAGGAUUUCUAUCAGCCUAAUCUAGGUGUAGAUUGCAUCUCACAUUCCAGUGUUCCAAUUUGUAAGCAAGGCAGCAUGGAAUUUCUGAUACUGUGACUCCGUGCAGCCAAUGGCAACGUCCACUUUAGGUAUAACGCCAGGAGCUGCUUGUGGAUUGGACAGCUCUAAGGCAGUUCCACCUCCUCCACCACCAAAACAACAGCUAUGCGGAUGUUGGCUAAAGCGGAUAUCUCUUAAUUAUUUUAAAUCUUAUUUAGAAAAUCUCCUGAACCAAAUACUGCACUGCCUUCAGAAAGUAUUCACACCCCUUGACUUUUUCCACAUUUUGUUGUGUUACAGCCUGAA